AAUUAAGUAAAAGCUUUAUUUGAGCGUUCAGAAUGGUUGACACGCCAGAAAUAGAGGAGUCGGAUGAGUUUUUGGAUGGGGACGAUGAAAUUCCUGAUUCAGAAGUAGAAUGGAUUGUUCAUGAUAAAGUUGUAGAAAGGAAGUUUGAAGACCAGAUGGUUAGUAGAGCGGAAUGGGAGGCCCUGCCACCUACUGAACCAGCUACUAAGAGAGAUGGCCCUGUAAAAUUCGUCAUGACCACCUUCACAGGAACUAACGUCUGCUGGAACGAUAUGUCCUGUAUCAUGGGCACACAGAGACUUCAGAGGCUAAGUAUGGACCAGGGAGGAAAGACAGACCUUCCUUACAACUUUCUCAUAGGCGGCUCAGGACUUGUUUUUGAAUGUCGAGGGUGGAGCCAUACACCGGAGUUACCUGAAAAAUACAAACAUCUCGAGUCAAAUGCUUUUUUGAUAGGAUACAUUGGAAUAUAUGGAGGUGUUGAUGGCAUUACGGAUGAGAUGUUGUCAUCAAGAAGAGAGCUGAUCAAACUAGGGAUGGAAGAGUCACACAUAGCUAAGAGAAUUUUAUAUUACCAAUGUAUCAAGUAAACAUUUAUAAAACG